AUGGCGAAUGCUGUCUCUCUUCCUCCAUCCAAGAUUUUCUAUGGCGCGACGAUAAUUACAGUCAAUCAAAGGCGGGAGAUCAUUCGAAAUGGAUAUCUUUGUGUCGAGGGCGACCGAAUCACCGCCGUUGGAAAGUGUCCAUACCCAGAAGCUUUGCCCGCUGGCACCAGGGAGGUUGAUUGCCGAGGCAAAAUCAUCAUUCCAGGGUUGAUCAACACUCACGCCCAUCUUGUUCAAUCAUUGCUUCGAGGGCUAGCUGAAGAUUUGCCACUGCACAAUUGGCUCUGCGACGCGAUUUGGCCCCUUGAGGCCGUCUUUCAAGACGACGAUGGGUUCCAUGCGGCGCGUCUGACUAUGGCCGAGAUGCUGAAGACGGGCACAACCUGCUUUCUCGACCCAAUGUUGACCUACCGCGCUGGCUUUGAUCAGAUCUGUUCUGCUGUCGGUGAAAUGGGUAUCAGAGGCUGUCUUGGAAAACUGGUCAAGUUCACAGAAACCAAUCGCCAACUCUCAAUCACCGACCCGCGAGACCGCGACCUGCUUGCAAUGUCCAUACCAGAGCUUCUCAAUGCACACCGGAAACAUCACAACAGCCACGACGGCAGGAUUCACGUUUGGGCUGCGGCAGGCACACCUCGAGGCACAUCAAUAUCGCAUUAUCUUCAGCUUGGCGAAACAUGUUCCAGCAAGGGAAUAUCGGCCACGAUGCACUGCGCGGAGGCUCCUCGCGAUCGCGUCAUCUAUCGCGACACAUACGGUUGCAGUGCAAUGGAGUUCAUCCGCGAUGCAAAGCUCUGUCCCCAGCCCAUGAGUGCACCUGAACACGGCAAAACAUCCCAUCAACUGGUUCUGGCACAUAUGGUGAAUCUCGACAACAAUGUUGAUAUUCCGUUGCUAGCGGACACGCAGACCUCGGUGGCUCAUAACCCGACUUCCAACUUGAAGCUUGCUUCUGGUGUUGCUCCGGUUCCAUCUAUGUUAUCUAAUUCGUCGCCUGUCAACGUUUCUCUGGGAACGGAUGGUGCGCCCUGCUGUAAUCAUUAUGACAUGUUUCAAGAAAUGCACUUGGCGGGGAUCCUUCACAAAGGUGUCAAUCACGACGCGAGUCUCAUUCCAGCAGAAGUGGCAUUGGAGAUGGCCACCAUUAACGGAGCGAGAGCGUUGGGAUUGGAAGAAGAAAUUGGAAGUCUUGAAGUUGGUAAGAAGGGUGACUUUGUUGUAAUAGAUCCGUAUGGGCGGGGUGGACUCGGGGCUGCACCCUGGAGCGACGACUGUUUCAGUCAUGCAGUAAGUCCGGUCACCACGGUUGUCCACGGAUGUACCGGUCGUGAUGUGGAAAUAACGGUGGUGAAUGGAGAUAUCCUAGUAGAAGAUGGCAAGCUGGCGGUUGGAGGGCGAGAAAAAGAGAUGGAGAUUGUUCGUAUGGCCCAGACAUCUGUCAAGGGCCUGUUGGAGCGGUGCAAUACGGGCCGCGAUGAUGAUGCCAAAGUGGGAGCAAAGCUGAUGCAGCCAUGGUCGUAUAUUUGA